UUUAUUAUUUCAUGUCAGGUAAUUGAUAUAUCAUAACAAAAAUUAUAAUCAUCACAGAGAAAAGGCAAAGUCUUGAUCACAAAAAAACAAACAAACAAAAAAAGAUACCAGGACAAUCGUCACGAAACAAGGAAGGAAAUCAAUCUUUUACUAUAGACGAUGCUGUAAAUAAGAAUACCUGGACUAAACACUGUGAUGUCAGUAAUGCUAUUCCGUGAGUGAUUUACUACAGCCUUAUAAACAGAGACCAUAUGCCACGCGCUCUUCAGUCUGAUAAAGCACCAUAUGGCCCAGGCGUCGCGUUUAGUCCUGUCACAAUCCGAUUAACCUGUUAAAUAAACCAGUCGGUUUCUUUUCUAGUACUCGUGUUAUUUCCACUUUGAAGUUCAUCGAUAGGCAGACUCUGUAAUCGCGAUAUUAACACAUAUGGAGUGUUGAUGGACUGGAGCCUCUCAUGAACAGGUGCGAUGGCUAGUAGAAGACUCGAGCUUGGAUAGAGCAGAACUACAGUGCCAUGGAGGAUGCCCAGUCCAGAUCCCAUUCAGUGCACUCCACUUACUCACAGAGGACUGAGGAUGCAGCCUCCGCCUUGGGAAAUCAUGCUGAACAUCACCUUACUGUCAGUCAGACAGUCCUGGUGGUUCCAAAGCGCUCCGAGAGCCCCAGUCCGAGUAUGACCGAAGAGACAAUUUAUGUCCCUCGACUGGUGUCUUCAGUUGACGCUUGUACUAACACAGACCCUCCGUACGAAUGCUGCCCAUGGCUGCGGAGACUAUGCCCGUGUCCACCCAGAGGCCUGCUGGCUACCAUUAUCACCAAAGUGUCCAUGGCCGCAGUGCUCUUUGGGGUUGUGUGGUCCAUUACAGAGAAGGAAUGUCUUCCUGGCGGCAACCUUUUUGGCAUCGUGACCUUGUUUAUUUGUUCUGUAGCCGGGGGAAAGCUGUUUGGACGCAUACGAUUCCCGAACGUGCCACCAUUACCUCCACUACUUGGCAUGCUGCUGGCAGGGUUUAUCCUCCGAAACAUCCCUGUGGUGACAGAUGCAGUUUACAUUGAUGUUAGAUGGUCUGCUUCUCUGAGGAACAUUGCACUGGGUGUCAUUCUGGUCAAGGCUGGGCUGGAAUUAGACGGCAAGGCUCUAAAGAAGCUGAAAGCCGUGUGUUUGCGUUUGUCCAUGUUCCCUCUCACCUGCGAGGCAACCACUAUGGCUGUGGUCUCCUAUUUAAUAUUGGGUCUUCCAUGGGUCUGGGGCUUUAUUUUAGGGUUUGUUCUUGGGGCCGUUUCUCCUGCUGUUGUGGUUCCGUCAAUGCUGCUUUUGCAUAAGGAAGGAUACGGUUUAGAGCAGGGUAUACCUACUCUUCUCAUGGCAGCAUGCAGCGUUGAUGACAUCAUUGCCAUUACCUGCUUCACCACCUGCUUGGGUAUAGCUUUUUCCACAGGCACCGUGUGGUUAAAUGUGCUGAGGGGACCACUGGAGGUAUUGGGUGGCGCGGUCACUGGUGUGGCCCUAGGGUACUUUCUACGUUACUUCCCCAGCAGAGACCAGGGAAAUCUCGUGCUGAAGCGUUCCUUCCUGUUGUUGGGGCUGGCCGUGUUUGCUUUGUUUGGCUGUAACGUGGCUGGGAUUCCUGGCGCAGGAGGACUCUGUUCGCUGGUGCUGACGUUUGUGGCUGGAAUAGGCUGGGGGAAUGCUAAGGCUCCAGUGGAAGCAGUGGUGGAGAGGUUUUGGCAUGUGUUCCAGCCUCUUCUCUUUGGUCUCAUCGGCGCUGAGGUUAUCAUUACAUCUUUGGAGGUCACGACUGUGUUUCUGGGUAUAGCAGCCCUGUUCAUCGCACUCACGGUACGCCUGCUUAUCACUUUUGUUGUGGUACUGCGAGCCGGCUUUAACCUGAAAGAGAAAGUCUUCAUCACUCUAGCCUGGAUGCCUAAAGCAACAGUACAGGCUGCUAUAGGCUCUACAGCUCUGGACAUGGCGCGCUCCAAGAAUGACCUUGAGCUGCAGAAGUAUGGCAUGGACGUCCUCACUGUGGCUGUGCUGUCCAUUCUCAUCACCGCUCCUGUUGGAGCGCUCCUCAUCAGCCUGCUCGGUCCUCGACUCCUGCAGAAACCAAAGAACACUGAGUGGGCGGUCAGCCAAGGUGCUUUAUCUGCAUUGGGGACCCCGGUGACUUACGAGAGUGCCCUGUGAUGUUUCUGGAAUGCUUCUGGGAAGUGACAACCCGACAUCCAAGGCUGCUGAUUAUCCUUUUUGUCUUCAAAGUGGAUUCUCAAACUCAUUGCUGCGACCCUCUGAAGUCAGACUGCAAAAGUGACAGGCAAUGUUUUUUUAAAUGAAGGAACCCAACUCUCAUUUUUUACCUUCCAAGGUGGAUGAAAACACUAUUAUUUUUUUCUAACUGGCUUACGUUUGUGUUGAUAGUAUUUCUUACAUUAGAUAUAUUACAGAUGAGUCUGCAGUGACUGCAUGUCAGCGUUACUGAAAGUCGUGUAGUGGUCAGUGCCGGCAUGACUGUGUUCGUAAUGGAAUAUACCCUUCUAUAUUAUACCCUUCUAUAUGAAGCCCUUCUAUAUUUUUAUAUUUAUAUGCACAGCUUGUCUUAUAAUAUAAUAUAAUAUAAUAUGUCAAAGUCCUCAAAACCUUUAGAGAAACCACAUAUGAAUUUUAUAUGAUUAUAUGAUUCCCUAUAUAAUGUGUAAAUACAUUCUUAAAGUAUAUGGAUAUUAGGCUUACACUGGCAUGAACUAAAAAGACAACUAUAUCAUUAAUUGCAAAUAAUUGAAAAUGACAUUGACAACAUAAUGUCUGAUGUUGAUGCAUCAAAAAAAUUGUUUCAAAAUCCUUCACAAGUGACUAUCGUGAGCUGUGACAUAAAAUGCAUUAAAAAGUCAUAAUUGGUCAUUAAUUUAAUGUUAAAUUAAUUUAGUUUUAAUAGCCCCGAAACAAAGAAAUGGACAGUGGAAAAUGUUCAGUAUAAUACAUGCCUAUUUAUUUUGCUAUUGUCAAUGGAUGGCGAUGGUUAUUUUAAAUUGAUUUUUUUUUUAUUAAAAAAAUAAUAUUUAACAUUCUGAUCAAAUAAUGAGGCUAGAAAAAGAGGUUUCUUUGAAUUCAUACGUUGGGUAUGUUACAGGAUAAAGAGUAUUUCAUUCAAGAGUUACAUUUUGGCAAAUGUAGUAGUUUAUCGGAGUAUUCCAGGCAUAUUAUAUACUGCAGUAAUAGUAGGAGUAGUAUGGUAAUAACUAUUCCGAACACAGUCAUGGAUCUGCAUUCUGAGAUUGAGCAGUGUUUUUGCAGGUAUCUUGUCAGCCCUGUUACACAUACAAUCAAAUACUGCUGUAAAAAUUCUGUGCUCACGUCGGAGCUCAGUUACAUUUAGUGUUUAAAGUGGAAGUACUUUUUAGAACCUAAAGAAGGAUUUUUUAUUAGUAGUAGUAGAAUGACAAAUCGUACAUUUGCCUGAGCAUUGCACAGUUCGUCAUGUUACUUUCUAUGAACCAUAUUUAAGUGUUUUUAUCCAUAUGAUUGUUUUCAUGAAAUGUAUAUUUGAAUGUUAUAUAGAGUCAUGAGAAAGGGCAUUGGCAAUAUAACUUAUCUUGUGAAUACUGUUAGUGGUUUAUGUUUACUGCUUGAAAUUUACAAGGUUUUGUGUUGUGGUUUUGUUACAGUAAUUGUAAUGAUUCAUGCAGUCACUGUUAAUUUAAGCAAUUAAAUUACUACUUUUAAGACCUUAUUUUUAUAUCGUCAUCUUUAUAUAAUAACUUCAUU